ACCGAACAGCGAAGCAGCUAGGUGUAUUAAAGAUUGAUUUGCACGUCAAUCGUGUCGAGAAUUCUACACAGUCGUUCAGCAAGAUUAGGGGUAUCACGGCUUACAUCCCUAUGAAUCAUGAAGCCAUCCCAGUUUUCCAGCCAAUGCGUCGCAUUCCUUUGCCAUUGGAGCAAGCAGUUGCGAAGAAAAUCGAUGAAUUACCGAAGCGGGAUAUCAUCGAAAUCAAGACAGGUCCAACCAGCUGGGUGUCCCCGUUGGUUAUUGUAGGGAAGGCAAAUGGUGAGCCUCAACUCUGUGUUGAUCUCCGCCGUGUAAACGAGGCUGUUCUUCGUGAGCACCAUCCGAUGCCUGUUGUGGAAGAUUACAUUGCGCGCCUGGGAAGAGGAUCGAUAUGGAGCAAGCUCGAUAUUCGCGAGGCGUUCUUGCAAGUCGAAUUGGCAGAGGAAUCACGUGAUGUAACGACCUUCAUGACCAACCGGGGGCUAUUCCGGUUUAAGAGACUGCCGUCCGGCUUAGUAACGGCACCGGAGAUUUUUCAAAAAGCUAUGGACGAAAUACUGGCAGAUUGUUGCGGCACCUAUUGGUAUCUCGACGACAUAAUUGUAGAAGGGAAGAACAUCGAAGAGCACGAUAAUCGACUUGAGAAGGUUCUUUCGAGAUUGAAGGACAGGGGAGUGGAGCUCAAAUGGGAGAAAUGCCAAUUUCGGGUUACCGAACUCGAGUUCUUGGGCCAUCAGAUCUCCAGAAACGGGAAAAGUCCUUCCGAGUCGAAAGUAGCAGCGUUGAUGUCAUUCCGAGAGCCUGAAAAUGAAGCAGAGGUACGUAGCUUUCUCGGAUUGGCCAACUUCCUGAAUCGAUUCAUUCCGCAUCUUGCGACUAUUGAUGAACCGUUGCGCAAACUUUUGGUUAAGGGUACUAAGUUUGAAUGGACUUGCAGAGAAUCUGAAUCUUUCCAAUCCAUCAAAAUGGCUUUAAGUAGUAGCUUGGGGUUCUAUAAAGUAGAAGAUCGUACAGCUGUAGUAGCAGAUGCCAGUCCCCAAGGGUUAGGAGCUAUUCUACUCCAAAUCAACGACGAAAAUGUGCAACGUGUGAUCAGUUUCGCUUCCAAAUCCUUAACAGAAACGGAACGACGGUACUGUCAAACGGAAAAGGAGGCCCUAGCUGUCGUGUUGAGCGUGGAACGAUUCCAAUACUAUCUCCUUGGCAAGAAAUUUAACAUCCUGACAGACUGUAAGGUUCUUGAAUUGUUGUUUUCCAAGCGCUCAAAACCCUGUGCGCGAAUAGAACGCUGGGUUUGGCGAUUGCAAACGUUUGAUUAUAACCUCAUACACGUCUCAGGUAAAGAAAACAUAGCUGAUUCGCUAUCUCGAUUAGCUAUCCAGGAACCUAAGCCAUUCGAUCAAUCGGAGGAAAUAUUCGUACGCGAAGUAGCCAUUCAAGCAGCUAAAUGUGCUGCGUUAACUUGGAAUGAGAUUGUACAAGCAACAGAAAUCGAUCACGAAAUCUCAAAAGUACUGGAAAUUCUGAGGAAUGGUGAUAUGCAGAACUUAUCUGUUGAAUACAGAGUAGUUGCCAAUGAAUUGUGCAACUUUCAAGGCGUACUGCUACGAAACGAUCAGAUUGUCGUACCUUUUCCAGUAAGAGAAAAAGUGCUGAUUACAGCUCACGAGGGUCAUCCUGGCAUAGUGAUGAUGAAAAGUCACCUAAGUUCAAAUGUCUGGUGGCCUAAAAUGGAUCAGGCAGUUGAACGAUUCGUGAAGCGUUGUAGAGGUUGCGUAUUAGUUGCUGCUCCAGAAGCACCAGAGCCAAUGCAACGUAGUCACCUCCCUUCAUCACCGUGGCAAACACUAGCACUCGAUUUUUUGGGACCUCUGCCUGAGGGCAAUACCCUUGGUUGUUGUUGA